GUGUUAGUUAGCAAGGGAUCGCUCUAGUAAAACCCUCCCGCAUAGCGCCACCGUUGCUUGGGACCCUAAGAGGUGCCUGCAUGGAGUCCGUCUGUUCUUCGCAGGAACACGGGACUGUCGUCGGAUCCUCGAGCGUGGGCGUGGGACAGCGACUGUCACCCACUCGAGCGAAGUGACUUCCAUUAGGCGUGCUGGGUCUGCGCCCCGCGCAUACACAAAGCCCUUUAUUGAGGCGCCGGGUGACACAGGGCAAAGUGAAUAGAGCGGCACAGAUGUUACAUCAGGUUCCUAUGUAAGGAAACUAUUGUGAUCAUUUGUCAUGGCGUAUGGCUUGCCAAGAAGGAACACAGUACAAACCAUUUUGAAGGGCAGCUGUUAUAAAAUACAGGAACCAUGGGACCUUGCAGAGCUCACAAAAACCUGGUACACCAACUUGACCAACAUCAAGCUGCCAUUCUUGGGAGAAAUCGCAUUCGGUAGUCCUUUGAAUCUCUUGGCAAGCCAAACCAAACAGGAAUGCCAGCUCCCUCCCAUGCAAUCCAUGAUGCUUGAAAAGGAGUAUGAAGCAAAGCGCCUAGCAAAACUGAAGUGUCAGGAGAAUGUGUGUAAGGAAAUCCAGGUUUCACUGAGGGAAAAGAAAGUCAGCCUGAGAAGACCACUUCAGCCCAAGUGACCCGACGUACUGUUGAAGCUGAACCUGUUUCCAGCAUCCAUGGGGAUGAAACUCUCUGAUUCUUUCAAAGUGCCAAGUAGACACAGCAGUGUGUCUAUGGGCGAUGGGGCCAAUUUUUCUAGACACAGCUCGGUGGACACCGUGAGAGAGCCCCCAGGUUCCUGCUACACUCUUGUUCUUUGUGUCCCAUUCAGCAGCCCUCCCUGUAAGUAGAUGAAAACGCAUCUGGAGUUGAGUCAUUUUGUGUUCCGCGUUUCAAUGCUUAUAAGAUUGCGUGCGGAAGAGGACAGUUCUUGUGAGAGGCAGCGUUCUGAAGAGACAUUUGAGAUCCCAAGGAGACUUCUCAAAAUGAAGGUCAGAAAGAAGUUCUUUUAAAAUGAGAAAUUGCAAUUUUUGUUUUCUGGUUAAGAAAAUGAUUAAGAUUUCAUUUCUGUUAACUACAGUUACCAGUUUUCGAUAAAGUGUCGUUUAUCAUUUUCAUGUGACACUUUAUUUUUAACUUUUUAAAAAUCAUUUGGUACUUUAAAAUAAGACUUACUUUGCUUUUGUUCUUCUGGAAAAAAAUGUGAAGCCACUUUCCUUCUGGCUAAUAUUCUCUCUACAAUGGACCUGGAGCAGGUGUGGCACAUGUGCAUGAAGGGGACAUGGAGGGACAAAGACGGCCUAACUGUGAGGAAAAUUUAUAUUUGCAGAGCGGCUGGGGAAUGAGCAAAUAAAGAGAAAAAACUGA